CUGAACCUCUUCCGGUUUAUCGCAUGCUUCCCCUUCAAUUUAGCUAGCUAACAUAUCUGAAACAUAAUAUAUAGACCAACGUUAGGAGUUCAGAAAACACUUUGGUUCCAUAAUUUAUACAUUUCAUCAUCUGAAAUUGUGACGGUCGAAGAAAACAUGAAUAUUCGCAACGCGAGGCCGGAGGACCUUAUGAACAUGCAGCACUGCAACCUGCUGUGUCUCCCAGAGAACUACCAGAUGAAAUACUACUUCUACCAUGGACUGUCCUGGCCACAGCUCUCCUACAUCGCUGAGGAUGAGAAUGGCAAAAUAGUGGGAUAUGUUUUGGCCAAGAUGGAGGAGGAUCCAGAUGAUGUCCCCCAUGGUCACAUCACAUCCCUGGCUGUCAAGCGCUCUCACAGACGUCUGGGUCUGGCUCAGAAGCUGAUGGACCAAGCCAGCCGAGCUAUGAUUGAAAACUUCAACGCCAAAUAUGUCUCACUUCAUGUCCGGAAAAGCAGUAACCGAGCGGCCUUGCACCUGUACUCCAACACACUGAAAUUCCAGAUUAGUGAAAUAGAGCCCAAGUACUAUGCAGAUGGGGAGGAUGCCUAUGCCAUGAAGAGAGACCUAGCUCACAUGGCUGAUGAGGUCCCACAGUUGAGGAAGCCAGGAGUGAAGGCACUGGGUCAGGAGACCCUUACUGCUACGACCACACCCGGUGACCAGGAGAAAGAGGGAGAGAGGGACAGUGGCGGAGACAGCAAAGAACUCAGUGAAGUUAGCGAAGCAACAGAGAGCACAGACGUCAAAGAUUCAUCCUCCGAUUCACAAUGACUCUGACAUCUUUAGUAGGCAUUUUUAAAUUUCACCAUGAAAGUUACUUACUACACUUUUUAUCUCUUUCCAAAUAGGAAUACACAGAUUUGGCUUCAGUCUUUACCCAGUGUUCGUCUUCAACUAUUCACCUCAGUUACUUUGUAUAUUUUACCUUUACAACAUACACUGUACAGUAAUAUAUAUUUUACCUUUACACCGUACAGUAACAUUUGACCUUUACAGCGUAUACCGUACAGUAACAUAUUUUACCUUUACACCGUACAGUAACAUAUUUUACCUUUACACCGUGCAGUAACAUAUUUUACCUUCAGUGUACACAGUAGAGUAAUAUAUUAUACCUUUACAGCGUACACCAUACAUAGUAUAUUUUACUAUUACUGCAUUCACCAUACAGUAAUAUAUGUGACCUUUACAGUGUACACCGCACAGUAAUAUAUAUUUUACUUUACACUGUACAGUAAUAUAUUUGACCUUUACAGUGUACACCCUACAGUAAUAUUUUAUCUUUACAGUGUACACCGCACAGUAAUAUAUAUUUUACUUUACACUGUACAGUAAUAUAUUUGACCUUUACAGUGUACACCCUACAGUAAUAUAUUAUCUUUAUAGUGUACACCGCACAGUAAUGUAUAUUUUACUUUACACCCUACAGUAAUAUAUUUGACCUUUAGAGUGUACACUGUACAGUAAUAUAUUUGACCUUUAGAGCGUACACUGUAC